GUCUCCCUAUUGUAAUGCCAUUUUCAAUUUGUAGUGGAGUGAGGUUGGAAUGUGUGCCGUGGUUACUGUUGGUGUAGUAUGUUUUGGAUAGUUUUAAGGGAUGUCCAAGUGUUUCAACAAGAAGCGCGUGACUAUCUUGAAGAGCCCCGGGGUGCCGCGGUGCGGGAGCGUGCCCCAGCAGAGGGUGAGGUUCCAGCUGCCCAGCCUGCAGCUGGACCAGGUGUUCAGCAGCUUCACCAAGCGCGAGAACACCAAGCCGUACGAGGAGCUGGUGCUCACCCUGCGCGACUCUGAGCUGCAGGACGGGGACCUGGAGCAGCUGCUGCACUGUGUGCGACAGUGUGUUCCGGUGCUGGACGAGAGCCUCCAUCACUUCGUUAACGCUUUCCUUAAGAUCAAGUGGCUACACCGCAGCGAUGGUGUGGUGGUGGCCUAUCAAGACUUCCUGGUGGAGCUGGUGUCAGCCCACAACUACUACAUUGUUUCUGUACUGGAAGCCCUGGUGUCCGGCUUCAGUGAAGUUUUGAGCAGCAAUGAGUGGGAAGAUAGCCAACCAACCCAAAAGGAGGUUGACUGCUAUGCCAGGAUUCAUAGUGUGCUAUUGGUUUUGCUGAAAGUAGUGCCAAUGUCGGGAGAGAAGUUGGUGCAGGCUGUUGUCAAGAAGUUCCCGUACUUGAAGGUCAGCCCCCAUGAGCAAGAGAGCUUCCUGUACAACGUCAUGCACGUGGUCGAUCAGCAGCCGAUGUUGGCCAAGGACCUGAUGUUACUGGUUGUUAGCAGGUUGGUUGCGCUGGACGUGAGCAUGCCGUGCUCGAGCCAGGAGGAAGGGCAGGGAGAGGUGUUCCAGAUGGAGGAUCCCGGGUCAGGGCACACUUUGGACGUGCUGAUGUGCGCGCUGCUACAUCACGUGCGCAAAAGGUGCAGCACAGGGUGGGAGGGUGCCAAGACUGCGUACAGCCUGCAGCUGCACGCCUUCGAGCGUGCCGUGCUGCCCACGCACGCGACGGGCUACGCGCAGUUCCUCAUGUUCUACGCGUGCAGCUUCCGGCUCACGCUCGCCGAGGCCUUCAUAGACUUCCUGUGGCGCGUGGCCACUGCCAUCAGCCGACCGUCCGUCAUCCGCCAGGCGGCCGCUACGUACCUGGCCAGCUUCCUGGCACGCGCCUCGUACGUCACUCUCAACAUGCUGAAGAGCACCCUGGCAGAGAUGGCAGCCUGGAUCCAUAAGUACAUCAGCAACCAAGAAGACCUGGAGAGUGUGAACCUAGAUGUCCGCCUGCACGGUGUGUUUUACUUCAUCUGCCAAGCCGUGUUCUACGUCGUCGCCUUCAGGCACACAGACCUAGUCGACUCCAGGAAAAACCUGACGUUCCUGCAGUCGCUGGGGCUGGCGCAGAUGGUGACGUGCGUGCUGAACCCCCUGCGCGUGUGCCAGCCAGUCCUGGUGCGCAGGUUCGCAGCCGUGACUCGCACCCACCAGCUGGCGUACUGCUACACUGUGAUGGAGCGCAACGCCCGCAGCACCAUGCCUGUCAUCUACAUGGACGACAUGGGACUGGCCGUCUCCACUGCCACCUACCUGGAGGCUGUCUUCCCCUAUGAUCCUCUGCACAUCCCGCGCUGUAGGAGUAUAAUCGCACCUUUCUAUCGGGAAUUUGAUGACAUGGACUUGAGCGAAGAUGAGCCCAAUGAUGUGGAGGAGGCCUCUGGCCACUUGCAAGAGGAUAACGAUGACUUCCUUGAUGACAUGUCGCUGGGAACAUCUGCCCCAGAGAUGCUCUCUGUCAGCAUGCAGUGAAUGCAAACUGUGGGUGUGCGUGCUGAUCAUGUUUCUUGGUGAUUUGUAUUGUGCUGGAGUUUUGUACAGUGUCAUGGUUGCAAUUUUAAUACCAGAAGUACAUGUUUGUGUGUACAGUAAAAUCAAAAUCAUAAUUUCAUGGGUGGGAAUUUAAGGGGUAAAAUUUCAUAACUUUUGUUUACCUUGCCCUACACUGGACAUGGAUUAAUUUAUGGUGAAAAACAUAAAUAUCAGAAAUAGUAUAGAAUACUCAUUUAACUUGGCCAAACACAACACAGCAUCGUGUUGUAUCUGUGGUGAUCAGUAGUAACGCAGUAAUUACAGUGGAACCUCGUAAUUAUGAGUACAGAAUACUACAAGACCUUCAAAGAUACAACUGUUUUGUAAUGCACCAUCAGGUUGACUAGCUAAAUCAUACUAAAUUAAACUGUUUGUUCAGAGUGCUUCCUUGUUGGCCCUUUCGUAAGUACGAGUGAUUUAAAUGGCAUCUUCAAACAAGGAAAAACACUUGUCUGUUGGGGGGGAAAACAUUCACGUAGUAAACACAGAUUGCUAAGCAAGAAAGCGCAUGCUGCGUGGCCAGGCCGGUGGACUGUGUCACUAGCAGGUAGCAGCUGGUCCAAGGAGGGGUAGGAAGUAGGCGGGACUCUGGUGACAAACAUGUUCUCUCUCUCUCUCUCUCUCUCUCUCUCUCUCUCUCUCUCUCUCUCUUUAGGUUGGCAGCAACUAUUUGCCUUUCCCCAACCCGAAGCUGGUGCGCUGGCUUUCGGUAGAGGAGCUAUAGCCUCUGAGCGUCCCCUCAAAAUCUUUUUUGUCUCGUAGUAGUUCAAUGCAUUUUACUAAAUAGUGGGGGAGGGGGGGAAUUCACGAUUAAAACAAAAACCGUUUCAGAUACAAAAAAUUCUUAAAAACCUUUUCUGUUUAAAAUUUAAUUUUCUGCAACUUUUAUUGUAUGCAUUUUUUUGUUACUACUAUGCACGUUUUUUUAGAUAUGGUGUGAAACUUGGACAUUUGGAAGCUUUAGGAUUUUGACUUAGACUUAAAUUUUCUAUAUUCAGUUAUUACCCGUACUCGUAGAUACGAGUAUUUCUCCCGCCAGUGUCAGCUCUCGUAGUAGCAAGGUUCCACUGUAUGUACUAUUAUACAUAUUAUCAACCCACUAUGAAAUAUUCAGUUGUACGUGGUUUGAAUGGUUAGUGAAAUGAAUUGUAAUUCCUGUUAUGAUGAUUGGGCUAAUGUAAUGUGGAGCUGUUCAGAGAGACUCAAUAUAUUUUGAUGAAAACCCAGGAAA